AUGAGUGUAGAAGUUUAUAGUGAAUGUCGUAUUCAAUUCAAUUCAUUAACAAAUAAAUCUAUCAAUUUCGAUCGAUGCUUAAUAGAAUUACGUCAAUAUGAUAUUGGUGAUUAUAAUUUACGUGCUAUUGAUUUAAAUAAUCGUAAAUUUGAAAUUUUCAAUUGGCCACUUACAAAUCGCAAUCAAUAUGUUUUCGCAUUAUCAAUUGAACAACCUGAUAUACUCAAUGGAAAGAAUGAAAUAUGUCGAAUAUGGUUAAAUAGAAAUUCACGUGAUAAAUUCCAUGAAAUAUUACGAACAUGUCUGGAAGAAUUUCUUAUUGUUAAUGAUAAUGAUACUAAUUAUUCAUCACAAUUAAAUAAUCAAGAAAAAUCAAGAAAAUUCUUACAUGAAUUAUCUACAGAAGAUGAAAAACCUUAUUAUCGAAAUGAUGAACCAUUUGAAUGUAUAACUUGUUUUGAUACAAUUGAGAAAAAUGAAGGUAUUCUAUUUCGUAAUUGUCUUCAUUCACUUUGCAAACCAUGUCUUUUGCGAUUAAUUGAAACGAAUACUGAACCAAUAGUUAAAUGUCCACAUGAUGAUUGUACUGCAUUAUUAGAAGAAAGAGAACUUCGAGGUGUUGUUAGCGAUUUAAACGCUGAUCAAAAAAUAAUUGAUCGUCUUCAUGAUGUUGGUAUGCGUUUUGCUGAAAGUCGCAAUAAAACAUUUCAUUGUAUUACACCUGAUUGUACACAUUGGUGGUUCAUAGAACCAGAACAUGCUAAUGAUAUUAUAUUUUGUAAUGGUUGUAAACAUUGGAUUUGUUUAGCUUGUUCAGUUAUACAUGAAGGUCAAACUUGUAGUGAAUAUCAAGAUAUGAAAAAAUUGAAAGAAGCAAAUGAUAGUACUGUUCGACAAGAUAUAGAACAUUUAGAAUUGAUGAUCAAAAAUAAAGAAGCUAUGUAUUGUCCUGGUUGUCGUGUUAUAAUUCAAAAAGCAGCUGGUUGCGAUUGGAUUCAAUGUACUCAAUGCAAAAUAGAAAUUUGUUGGCCAACACAAGGUCCUCGUUGGGGUCCGAAAGGACGUGGUGAUACAACUGGUGGUUGUCGAUGUCGUGUGGACAAUGGAAAACUUUGUGUACCAAAUUGUCAAAAUUGUCAUUAA